AUAACUUAUACUUACUGUCUCAAUAAGAUUAAUUAAAGAAGGUUUAGUAAAAUGAAAAUCCUUUUGCUCUUUAUCUUUCAUUUAUAAAAUUUGUUCUGCUAUGAAGUACUUUAUGAUAAAAAAUAUGGCACUGAUACUAAUUGCUUAAGUGAUUUACCAACAGCUUGGACUAAGUUAGAGGGAGGCUAAAUUACGCAAUGCUCAGAUACUUGUACUAAAUAGUAUGAUUCAAGUACUAUUGUUAAAUUCAUUUCUGAUGAGAACUCCUCUUUAGGUCUUAAAUUUUCUUUUAAUCCUACUCCUACUUAGCCUUUCUCAUUUAUUGGUGUAGAUAUAAUUUACUUUUAAACAGGAGGCACAGUGAUUGGGUUAAGGAUAAAUGGUUCUUCUUCUGCAACAACUGUUUAUUCAACUUUACAAACUACUUAUGAUGAAAAUUAUUCUAUUUCCUGUCCAGAUUUAAGAUCCUUUUAUAGAGGUUCAGCUAUUUUAAGCACUAACUAGCUUUAAAGUGGUAAUACAGUGUACAUUAAUAUAGAAAAAGAUUCACCAAGCUAAAGUAUUGGCAUCAGAAGUAUUAGAGUUUGGACUAAUUGCAGAGAAAAUUGUUUAACAUGUAGCGAUGCAACUAAUUGCAAUAUUUGUUAGCCAGGAUUUCAAUUAUAUUAAAUGCCUUCUGGAGAAUUUGUUUGUGAGCAAACAAAAGGAUGUGCUGCAAUGAAUUGCUACUCUUGCUUUAUAGGAGAUUAGUCUUAAAUUUGUUAUAAAUGUGCAGCUGGAUAUAACUUGAAUGCAACAGGCACUAAAUGCAAUUUAGCCAAUCAAACUCUUUGCCCUGCAUAUACUUAUAUUGAUUAAAGUGGAACUUGCUAAUAAUAUACUUACUCAUGUCAAUACUAAGAUAGAACAACUAACUAGUGGACAGCCUGCGUUAAUUAAGAAGAUCCAAGAUACUAUAAAUGUGACAAUAGAAUGGCAGUCAGGGUUUAUAACAUAGAAAACUAUGGGGUAUUUUAGUGUGGAUGUGGUAUUCCAAACUGCAGUUCAUGUUCAGCUGACUUAACUACUUGCUCUUAAUGUAAAUUUGGAUAUUACUUUAACCCAGGUACAAGUCAAUGCGAUAGUAUGUGUCCUAGCACUUAAUUCUAUAAUGGUUCUUUUUGUUAAAGCUGCACAGUGGCAAACUGCCAAUCAUGCUCCUAAGCUGGAACUUGUGAUAAAUGCAAAGCCUCAUAUGUAUAUAAUAAUUUGACAUAGAGAUGUGACUAAUUUAUUCCUUAAUGUAGCUAAGGUUACUACUAUAAUUAAACAAGUAAUUCUUGCUAAUAAUCAUGUCCAGAUUAAAACUGCUUGACUUGUAACCCAUCCGGAGUAUGUACUACAUGCAUUAAUAACUAUACAUGGAGUACUACUGAUAAUAGAUGCAAUAAGAAUUGCUUGUCUAAUUAAUACUUUGAUUAUGUCCAAAAUAAUUGCAUAAAUUGCCCAACAAAUUGUCAGACUUGUGAUUCUUCCUAAUGUACUUAAUGCAAUAGUGGAUAUCUAUGGAAUGCAAAUGAUUCAAGAUGUAAUAUGAGUUGUUCAUCGAACUAGUAUUUUGAUUCAGUAAACAAUAACUGUAUCAACUGCCCAGCAAAUUGCUAAACUUGUAACUCCACCUAAUGUACAUUAUGCAAUAGUGGGUAUAUGUGGGAUUCAAGCGUUAAAACAUGUGUAAGCUGUUCAUCAAAUUAAUAUUAUGAUUCAGUAAAUAAAAAUUGCGUAAAUUGCCCAUUAAAUUGCUUAACAUGUAAUUCUUCCUAAUGUACAUAGUGUAAUAACGGAUAUCUAUGGAGUUCUAAUGACCUAAGAUGUAACAUGAUUUGCUCAUCUAACUAAUAUUUUGAUAAUGCAAAUAAUAUCUGCAUAAAUUGUACAACAAAUUGUUAGACAUGCAAUUCUACCUAAUGCACAUAAUGCAAUAAUGGGUAUACAUGGAGCUCUGGCGAUUAAAGAUGUAAUAUGAUCUGUUAGAGUAAUUAAUAUUUUAAUCAAUCCACAAACAACUGUAUUAACUGUACAUAAUUUUGCUUAUUAUGUAACUAAAACGAUUGCACUUUAUGCUAACCUGGUUAUUUAUAUGAUAGUACUGAUAAGAAAUGCUAUAUAUAAUGUAAUACAGGAUACUAUUUAGAUAAAAUUAAUAAUAUGUGUAAUGCUUGUAUAGAUAAUUGCUUGAAUUGUAGCUCUAUGUAAAAUUGCACUUAAUGUUAAAUAAGCUAUACAUAUAAUUAAAUAGCUAAUGCUUGCGAAAAAAUUUGUUAAGCAAGCUAAUACUUAGAUGUAUAAAAAAAUUAAUGCACAAACUGUAUGUAAAAUUGCACUUCCUGUACAGAUAGUAAUAGCUGUAAUUAAUGUUCUUAAGGAUAUUCCUAUAGCUCUUUAAAUAAAAUUUGCUACUAAGAUUGUUAAUCUAAUUAAUAUUAUAAUGAAACCUCAAAUAAAUGCUUAGAUUGUGGAAAUAAUUGUCUAACUUGUAACCAAAAUUAAUGCACUAAAUGCAAUUAAUCUUUUUUUACAAGCUAAAAUGAUAAUUAAAACUGCCAACCUUGUUCCAUUAGUAAUUGCAAAACAUGCUCCUCGUUAAACAUUUGCGCUGAAUGUGAAUCAAAUUAUAAUUUGAGCUUAGAUAAAUCAAAAUGUAGUUAAGGGUGUAGUGUGGACUUUUGUACAUAGUGCUCAUCUUAAAAUAGCUCUGCUUGUUAAUAAUGCUAAGAUGGGUAUGAAUUGGUAUAAUCUCAAGGUAUUUGCCAACCUGUAUUGGUAGUUCAAAAAGGCUAAACUGAUGUUAAUCUAGGAAUAAAGUUGGGUGAUGAUGGAUAUUCUAUUUAAAUUAAAUUUUCUAACUCAGUAUCUUAUGAUAAUAUUGAUAAAAGCAACUUAAUUUACCUAAAUAUUACAAACGUUUAAAAUUACACCUACACCAUUUAGGAUUUUGAGCCAAAAGAGAUUAAAUUAGAUAUUGUCUCAUAAGAAAACAUAAAAAAUUAAUAAAUUAAAAUAGGUUUUAAAAAUAAAAAUUUUGUUUUAAAAAAUUAAAUAAAGACAAUAGAAAUUUAGUAAAAUCUUAGCCCAUCAUUCGUAGUAAUUCCAUAAUCAUAAAAAGUAGCAACUUAGUAAGCUACUCAGCUAGGUUCAGGAGCGACUACUCUAUUAGCUACUAUGAUUCCUAUUAUAACUAUGAGCAAUUUUUAUGUCCUUGUAAACACGAUAGAUAUCACUGGUUUCCUCUAUUAUAUGCUAUAUAUAAACAUUAGAAAUCCAGAAAAUGUAGUUUAGUUUUACUCAAUCUUUUAGAAUUUUCAGUAUCCCUUUAUCCCUAACUUAUUUCAGUACGUUGUUAGCCCAAAUUAUCAGUAGACAUCAUUCCCUAAAUUCAUGGAAAACUAAACUGAUUUUUACUUUCUAAACAGUACUGGAUAAGCUUUUACAAUCCAUUUGCUUAUUAUGAGUCUCUAUUUGAUUGCUAAAAUUAUGAGUAUGAUAAAAAUAAAAUAUGUUUAGGAUUACUUUAUAAAAGCUGUAAAUAAUACCUGGGAAUUUAAUGGAAUGCUUGACUUGAUUUGGAAUGAAUAUAUUUAUUCUUUAGUUGGAGUAUUACUCCAAUUUAAUUGCUAUGAUUUUGGUGAUUCAUCUGCAUUUUUGAAUUACACUAUUCAUUCUUUAUUUUCAGUCAUAAUCCUAGGAAUACCUUUUUUAAUUACAUUUUUAAUUUAUAAAUAACCAAAUGUUACUGAGAAUAAGAGAUUUUAAACUAAAUUAGGCUCUAUUAUAGGAGGACUCAACAUAUAAUAACUAGAAAUAUCAAGUCCUAAAAUAAAAGAUAUUUAGGAUGAUAAAAGAGAGCCUAUGGAUGCUCUUUCGUUAGACAAUAUUAUUAAUUAACACAAAAAAGAGGAUAUUUAAGGAAAAAGUGAUUACUUUUAAUCUUAAUAUUAAGGUUCUUAAGAUUUAUUGGUUUUAUCAGUAAAACCAUCUUUUGUUUAAAAGAUUAAAUCUUAUAACAAAUAUUACAAUUGCAUUCUCUAUUUCAGAAAGAUGUUAUUUGGUUUGAUUUUGGUAUUCUUGACUGAAUAUUAAUACUUGUAGCUAGUCUUAUUAAUUAUGCUCAAUAUUUUUAUAUUAUUUUUUGUAGUUUUAGCAUAGCCACUCUAAUCAAAAUAUGAAAAUAUCAAAAAUUGUUUUGGUGAAAUUAUUUUAAUUUGUAUUGGCAUUAGUCUUUCUUUAUUAGUUUAAGACAAUGAAUCCGAAGAUGAAAUGUUUAGAUUGAAAAUAGGGUGGAUUAUUAUUGCUUUUACAUCCUUUAUUCUCCUAUGGCACACAAUUCAGCUUACUUAUGAGACUCUCAAAUCUUUACUAAUUUUAAUGAAAAACAUAGUUAAUUUGGCAUUUAGACGCUCAUAAAAAGUCAAACCUGUCAUCAAAGAAACUAAAAAGAUUGAUAUAGAAGCAAAUAACCAUGAAGAAAAAACCUAAAAGAAUGUUAAAUAAGAGACUAAAUUUUAAGAACUCAAGUAGAACCAAAGGAAAGUAUCUAAUUAAUUAGAAGAUACAGAAUUAAUUUUAUUCUAAUCAAACACAAAUUUACCAAUUUCAGAUGAUCUCCAAAAAGCUGAUUCUAUAUAGCAGAUAGCUAAAGUAAGUUCUAAUAAAAACGAAAAUUUAUUUAUCCAGAGUAAUAAUAAUUCGAAUGAUAACUUAUAUAUAAACAACUUAAAAAGCAAUGAUAACGUAUUCUUAAAACCCUCAGACUAAAAAACUACAAGAACAAAAAGAAAAUCUAACUUUAGCAACAAUAGUAAUAAGAUGUAUCUUAACAUAUCUCAUAAUCAAAAUACUAAUAGAAUUCUUAAUGGCUUUAAUACAAAUAGAGAAGACAACACUUUUAUGAAUGACAACAACAAUAAUAAUAACAAUUAGUAAGCCUCAUAAAACCAUAUUAUAUAACAUAUUGAUUGA